AUGUGUGUGAGCGUGGGGAAGUGGGCUCGGGGUCCCGCCCACCUGCCCGGCCAGCUGCGCAGCGCACUGGCCUGCCUGCAGCGUGGGAACGCCCCAGCUGGGCGGCAGCAGCCGUCAGGACAAGCUGUGCGGUUCCCAGCCUCCCUGCCGCCCCCAGCCCGGCCCCGCGCCGCCCAGCCGUCGCCCGGCAACCACGGCCUGAGCCCGGACUGCGGGGUCUUGGCAAAGGAGGGGCUGGGGGCCUGGAUCUUCGGGCCUGCUUUGGGUUGCAGCGUCUGCGGGAUCUUGGGGGCCACACUCAGGAUGCUGGUCCCCGCCCUCCUCCUCCUCUUUCUCUGCCUCAGAGGGCGUGCAGGCGGAUUGCCCCACUUCCUGCAGCAGCCCGACGACCUGGUGGUACUGCUGGGGGACGAGGCCCGGCUGUCCUGUGCCCUGGGCGCAUACCGGGGGCUGGUUCAGUGGACUAAGGAUGGGCUGGCUCUAGGGGGUGAAAGGGACCUGCCAGGAUGGUCCCGGUACUGGAUAUCAGGGAAUGCAGCCAGUGGUCAGCACGACCUUCACAUUAAGCCCGUGGAGCUAGAGGAUCAAGCAUCGUACGAAUGUCAGGCUACACAAGCAGGCCUCCGCUCUCGACCAGCCCAACUGCAUGUCCUGGUGCCCCCAGAAGCCCCCCAGGUGCUGGGUGGCCCGUCCGUGUCUCUGGUUGCUGGGGUUCCUGCGAAUCUGACUUGUCGGAGCCAUGGGGAUGCCCACCCCACCCCUGAGCUGCUGUGGUUCCGAGAUGGGGUCCGGCUGGAUGGGACCACCUUCCACCAGACCCUGCUGAAGGAAGGGACCACUGGAUCAGUAGAGAGCAUCUUAUUCCUGACCCCUUCCAGCCGUGAUGAUGGAGCCACCUUGGUCUGCCGGGCCCGGAGCCAGGCCCUGCCCGCAGGGAAGGACACAGCUAUCACACUGAGCCUGCAGUACCCCCCAGUGGUGACUCUGUCUGCAGAACCACAGACUGUGCAAGAGGGAGAGAAGGUCACUUUCCUAUGCCAGGCCACGGCCCAACCUCCUGUCACUGGCUAUAGGUGGGCAAAGGGGGGCUCCCCGGUGCUAGGGGCCCGCGGGCCAAUGUUGGAGGUCGUGGCGGACGCCUCUUUUCUGACCGCACCGGUGUCCUGCGAGGUCAGCAACGCAGUGGGUAGCGCCAACCGCAGCACCGCGCUGGAUGUGCAGUUCGGGCCAAUUCUGCAGGCCAAGCCAGAGCCCCUGUCGGUAGACGCGGGGGAAGACGCCUCCUUCAGCUGUGCCUGGCGCGGGAACCCGCUCCCACGGGUAACCUGGACCCGCCGCGGGGGCACGCAGGUGCUGGGCUUCGGGCCCACGCUGCGUCUUCCGUCAGUGGGGCCCGAGGAUGCAGGCGACUACGUGUGCAGGGCUGAGCCGGGGCUCUCGGGCCGGGGGGGUGGCGCUGCUGAGGCUAGGCUGACUGUGAAUGCUCCCCCGAUAGUGACCGCCCUGCAGUCUGCUCCCGCCUCCCUGAGGGGCCCCGCCCGCCUCCAGUGUCUAGUCUUCGCGUCCCCCGCCCCAGAGGCCGUGGUCUGGUCUUGGGAUGAGGGCUUCCUGGCAGCGGGGUCGAGGGGUCGGUUCCUGGUGGAGACGUUCCCAGCUCCGGAAGGCCGCGGGGGACAAGGUCCGGGUCUGAUCUCUGUGCUACACAUUUCUGGAACCCAGGAGUCCGACUUUAGCCGGGGUUUCAACUGCAGUGCCCGGAACCGGUUGGGCGAGGGAGGCACCCGGGUCAGCCUGGGCCGUCGAGACUUGCUGCCCACUGUGCAGAUCGUCGCUGGAGUGGCUGCUGCAGCCUUGACUCUCCUUAUGGUCAUCACUGGGGUGGCCCUCUGCUGCUGGCGCCACGGCAAGGCCUCUUUCUCCAAGCAAAAGAACCUGGUGCGAAUCCCAGGCAGCAGCGAUGGCUCCAGUUCGAGGGGCGCCGAGGAGGAGACAGGCAGCGGCGGGGACCGGGGCCCCAUCGUGCACACGGACCACAGUGACCUGGUUCUGGACGAGGAGGGAACUCUGGAGAGCAAGGACCCAACCAACGGUUACUACAAGGUCCGAGGAGUCAGUGUGAGCCUGAGCCUUGGUGAAGCCCCUGGAGGAGGCCUCUUCCUGCCACCCCCCUCUCCCCUUGGACCUCCAGGGACCCCUACCUUCUAUGACUUCAACCCGCACCUGGGCGUGGUCCCUCCCUGCAGACUGUAUAGAGCCAGGGCAGGUUAUCUCACCACACCCCAUCCACGAGCUUUCACCAGCUACAUCAAGCCCACAUCCUUUGGACCCCCAGAUCUAGCCCCCGGGACUCCCCCCUUCCCAUAUGCUGCCUUCCCCACACCCGGCCACCCACGUCUCCAGACUCAUGUGUGACAUCUCUCCAGCUGAAGAGUCCUAGGGUCUUCAACUUGCCAUAAUGGUUUGUCCUGAUUUCUAAGAACCAGAACAAGUUGGCGAACUUACUCCUCCAAAAUUGAACAUUGAGAGGAGGGAAAGAUUGCUACAGUUGUCUGGGUCAUUGAUGUACAGUCAGCUCAGCCAAAGGCAACGUCCCAAGUGGGAGCAAGAUGGCCACUAUGCCCACCUCUCCCUGCGUGGGAAAGAGAUUCAAGAUGGCAGAUGGGCCCUUUGAGAGGGAUGGAGACAGGGGGUGAUGGGAGUUAGGGGCAGGGAUGGAAGUUGUUUCCAGACACUGAAAGAAGGUAUUUCAAGAUGACUACCUGCAUUGAGAAGAAAGGUAACAUAGAGCAGAUUAAGAUGGUAGCCAGGCCAGGCCAUGUGCUGAAGGGCACUUUGCUUGGCCAGUGGAAGUGCUGCCAAGAUGGCCCUUCACUCCCUGGGAACCCAAGAUGGCCACCAUCUUGAUUCCUUCCAUCUUCCUUAAAGAAGAAGAAGUGGACCUGGAAGAAAAGGAGUGAGGAUAGGGCGAGAACUGUCCCUGGAGGUGGGGGAGGGGAAUCUGGGGAUGAGAAUAUUUAUGUUUAAUAAAAAAAAAGUCGAGAAGUGAAUGUGUCUUAGGGUUCUCCUGGUGUUAUUA